GUUCACCACAAGCCUUCUGCUGCUGUGCGUAUAAGAAAACCAACCAAAGAUGAAGCACUCGUUGUUCGUCAGCAUUUUAUAUUGUGCUGGAUAACCCUUAACUCGAAGACACCUAGCUCCGGAGAACGGCAUGCGCUUGACAGCUCUGCAGAGGAGCGCAGCUCUGGCUCCAUCCCUCGUGCUCACCGUGGGGCACGCAGGGUGAGGACCCAUCCCGCCAGCAUCCCUCUCCACCCACAGCCGCUCGGUCCUCCAGCUCUCCUGCAGCAUUCCCAGCCGCGCUCCCGUCACCCUUUGCGCAGGAGUUUGGCAGAGUUGCUAUGACGACCCUAACGAUGCAGCCAGCAGCACCCAGUCGGCACCAGGCGCAGCUGCAAACAAUAUGCCCAUUGUAAAAUACCCCAGGGCUACAGAGCCUCUCUGGCAUGAAUGGGACAGGAAAGCACAGAAAUGUGGAUUAAGACACACGGUCUAUUCUGUAAAUGGAGAUCAGUAUACCGGAGAAUGGCUGGGCAACUUGAAACACGGUAAAGGCAUCCAGGUAUGGAAACGCGAUGGAGCUAUUUAUAGCGGUGACUGGAAGUUUGGGAAGCGGGACGGUUAUGGCUCAUACAGCAUUCUUGACCCCGUAACCAAGGAAUACAAGAAGGUGUACACAGGCUGGUGGAAAAACAACAAAAAAUGCGGCUAUGGGGUGACAUUUUACCCCAGCGCGGAGCGCUACGAGGGCGAGUGGAGCGGUGGGCUGCGGAGCGGCUGGGGACGGAUGUACUACUGGGACGGAUCCAUGUACGAGGGGCAGUGGCUGGAGGACCGGCCUGGCGGGCAGGGAAUGCUGCGGCUGCCAAAUGAAAAUCGGUAUGAAGGAGGUUGGAAAGAUGGAAAGAAGCAUGGCCCUGGGAAAUUUUUCUACAUGGAUAAGGGACAGUUGUUUGAAGGUAUCUGGGCAGCAGAUAUACCAAAAUGUGGAAUUCUGAUUGACUUUGGCAGAGUCGAAGCUCCUGCCCCUACUCAGUAUCCAAUCCCAAAGAUUGAACUAGCUGAUCCAGAUGGUGUUUUAGCAGAGGCCCAGGCGAUGUUUGAUGACAGCCAAAAUUAAUAACUGGACCGGAUGAUAAAGGAAAAAAAGAUGUAAGAUAAGAACACGAUCCUGGGUUACUUAUUCUUUUGAGUCUCAGAUCCACGCCGGGGUGUAUUGUGUCAUGGUCUGCCUCGCUUUCCCCUCAAGGCUGCCCACAUAUGCUUCACUCUGCAGGUGGCUUUGCUCGGAGGCCUCCUCCCACCCCCCGUUAUUUUGGAAAAGAAAACAAAAAAGAAAAAAAAAAAAAGAAGAAAAAACCCACAAGCAGCAAAAUGCUGGAAGACAGGCAGUGACUCUUAGCCCAGCUUCUCUGGCUUAUUCCUCCUGUGAAGAAAUCGCACCCUGUUGGUUUCAAGGUCUUUCACGUUGCCUUAGAGGAGAAGCAGGGGUUCCAUUAUAUGCUGUAAAAGCAAAACCCUAGAAAAGUACAGUCAAAUAAUUGUCCCCUCCC